AUGAUCAACGCGAACGCGACUAUCCCCUAUCUAAUCGCCGAAGUCUCUUGGCCAAUUGCAGCUGUCCAACCCCACGCUGCACUUACACUCAAAUCUGGUAACUUUGAUGACCCCCCUGCCUCCGAUCCACACAGAGAGACGGCAGCCCGGAUAGUACGAGAGAUACUGGACAACACCCAGUCCUCGCACGAUAUCAGCCCUUCUGGCGAGCUAUUCAGGGCAAUAGAGCGUUUUCACGCCCGUAGAAGAGGAGAACAAGUUACGAUGGAGGAGCAGGAAGGGGAUAGGAGCAGGCGGCAACAUCAAGGAGAGGAGCAGCAAGAAGGCUCGCCUCUGUUCGUCAUGCCAUCCAAUCCAUCAGCCGAACUAACACCACGCCAAAGACCUGCAACGAGAAUAGCUGGAAUGACUGCGAGACGUGGCAGGUCUCGACUGGCAAUGAACGAAAGAAACGUGGAGAGGAAUAGAACCUUCGGGGAGAGCAGCGCAAGCAAUGGCCUUGCUGAUCUACAACAUGCUGGUAGGCAACUUGAGCAGGCUAGCUCUACAUUAAGAGCUCUUUUGGAUGAUCCUGUGCCCAAUAUUUCAUCUCCCUCCUUGGAACCUUCACAUCAACACCCAGGAGCCGACGCCGAACACAAUUGGAGGGCCAAACGCAGGAAAAUUGAAAACGAGAAAAUGGAAUCUGGGUUCAAAGGCUUCAGCUACGGGAGAUAUGGACAAGUGGAACCAGGAAAGCUCAAGAUGGAAAUCGUUAGCUGUGAUGGAGGAAUAUUUUCCGAGCAUGGAGGCAACUAUGCUGCCGAGAACGUCUUGAAAAACGACUCGACGGUUUACUGCACAAAGAGUAAUCGAUGUAAUCUGGUUCUUAGGCAUCAAGGAGGCACUGCCUUCUCUUUGAAAGAACUCAUCAUCAAGGCGCCCCACUCUGGUUACACAGCUCCUGUUCAGGAAGGAAUGGUCUUCAUCUCUAUGACGUCCGAUGAUCUUCUAACCCGCACAGCCCAAUAUCAGAUACAAUAUUCUCCAGCAAAGCCAAGGCGCUUGGGAACCCAACGGCCGAACGAGCUACCACCAGUCACUUCACUCCAACAUGAUGGUGAUGGCACCAUGACAACAGCUCAGGUCCGCGCACGUCGAUUGUACCACAUAGGUCUGGAAGACGAGGAAUGUGAUUACCGGACCGCACAAAUACCAUUCGAGUUCACAGAAAACGCACCCCCGUUCCAAGUAACAACAGAAUGCAGCGACACAGAGGACGACGAGCCUCCGGCUCAAUCAUCCCGGCAUCGCACACUUCACCGAGUGAUGAGUACCAUCCGAUUCGAGGAUCCCGACACCAGCGAAGAAGAUGUCGACACUGCGGCAGCGCAGUGGCAUGUAGACUAUAUUGCCGGCAUGGGUCGGGCACAUCGUCUCAGGCGCCGAGAAACAGCAAGCAACAUUACAUUGGCAGAAGCUGAAGAAGCAUCUCAAAUCGCCACCCAGGAAGCAGUCAGAGCCGUAGGAGGUGAGCUUAUGGCACCUCACGCCAGAUUCUUUAUCGAGAGGGAUAAGAGCAAAUGCACUGUCAAAUUCGAUCCGCCCGUCAGUGGACGGUUCAUUCUGUUGAAAAUGUGGAGCCCACAUCAUAGCUCAUCGAGCAAUAUCGAUAUACAGAGCGUGGUAGCAAAGGGGUUCGCGGGACCGAGGUUUUUCCCUGCUAUUACUAUGAGAUGA